AUGGAAGCAGCGGCUGAACGUCGCAUUAAAGCUCUGCAAAGCCAUCUGAAUCCGUCCAACUGCGAUGAACCUUCAGUACUCCAUCCAAAUCCCACCUCCGGCGAGUUUGUUUCUGAGCAGGGGUAUAGUGUUGUGGUUCCAGAGAAACUGCAGACAGGGAAGUGGAACGUGUACAGAUCAGCUCGUUCUCCACUUAAGCUCAUCAGCAGAUUUGCUGAUAAACCAGAAAUUGCUACUUUGCAUGAUAAUUUAGUGCAGUCAGCCAAGUCUUUUUCAGAUCACAAGUAUCUUGGGACACGAGUUCGGGAUGAUGGAACGGUUGGAGAGUAUAGGUGGAUUACAUAUGGGGAGGCAAGUACUGCAAGGUCAGCAAUUGGUUCAGGCCUAGUUUGCUUCAAUACGUGCCAGGGUUCCUGUGUAGGGCUGUAUUUUAUCAACAGGCCAGAGUGGCAAAUUGUUGAUCAUGCCUGCUCUGCUUAUUCUUUCAUUUCGGUUCCUUUAUAUGAUACCCUAGGUCCAGAUGCAGUCAAAUAUAUCGUAAAUCAUGCAUCUAUACAAACCAUAUUUUGUAUGCCACAAACACUUGAUACUUUACUCAGGUUCUUAUCAGAGAUUCCGUCAGUUCGACUAAUUGUGGUGGUCGGUGGUGUUGAUAAUCGAAUACCAACAUUACCAUCAACAACUGCAGUAGAGGUCGUGUCAUAUUCAAAGUUACUUAGCCAGGGCCUUGCCAGUCUUCAUCCUUUUUGUCCGCCUAACCCUGAUGACAUCGCUACAAUCAUGUAUACAAGUGGUACGACAGGUACACCAAAGGGUGUUGUAUUGACCCAUGCAAACUUGAUUGCGAAUGCUGCUGGUGCAACCUAUGGUGCUGUCUUAUAUCCUUCAGAUGUUUACAUAUCAUAUCUUCCUCUGGCACACAUAUACGAACGGGCUAACCAAAUUCUAGUAGUAUAUUAUGGGGGAGCGUCGGGCUUCUAUCAAGGAGACCAUUUAAAGUUGCUGGAGGAUAUGGCUGUCCUUAAACCCACUAUUUUUUGCAGUGUUCCUCGGCUAUACAAUAAAAUAUAUGCAGGCAUCAUGAAUGCGGUAAAGUCGUCUGGUGUCUUGAGGCAGAGGCUAUUUUAUGCUGCAUACAAUGCUAAAAAGCAAGCAAUAUUCAGCGGGAAAAAGUCACCCCCAAUGUGGGACAGGUUAGUAUUCAACAGAAUAAAGGCAAUGCUGGGAGGUAGGGUUCGUUCCAUGGUUUCAGGGGCCUCACCCUUGUCUCCAGAUGUCAUGGACUUUUUGCGGGUGUGCUUCGGUUGUCAGGUAGUAGAAGGAUACGGAAUGACUGAGACUUCUUGUGUUUUAACCAUUAUGGAUGAGCAGGAUAUCCUGUCUGGGCAUGUUGGCGCCCCUAAUGCUGCAUGUGAAAUAAAGCUUGUAGAUGUUCCAGAAAUGAACUAUACAACUGAGGAUCAGCCAUAUCCACGUGGUGAAAUCUGCGUAAGGGGCCCGAUUGUGUUCCGAGGCUAUUAUAAAGAUGAAGCGCAGACAAGAGAAACCAUCGACGAAGAUGGUUGGCUUCACACAGGAGAUAUUGGAUUAUGGCUACCUGGGGGUCGGUUGAGGAUAAUUGAUAGGAAGAAGAACAUAUUCAAGUUGGCACAAGGAGAAUACAUAGCUCCUGAGAAAAUUGAGAAUGUGUAUGCAACAAGCAAGUUUGUUGCGCAGAUUUUCGUGUAUGGUGACAGCCUGAACUCGGCUUUGGUUGCAAUAGUCUCAGUAGAGCAGGAAAUGUUGAAAGCAUGGGCGGCAGCUCAAGGCAUCAAGUGUGACGACCUACAACAGCUUUGUACUGAUCAAAGAGCGAGGUCUGCAGUCCUGGCUGAUAUGGAUGCUGUGGGAAGGGCAGCUCAGCUGAGAGGUUUUGAGUUUGCAAAAGCUGUGACUUUGGUACUUGAACCAUUCACUCUAGAGAAUGGUCUGCUCACGCCCACAUUCAAGAUCAAGAGACCACAGGCAAAAGCAUACUUUGCGAAAGCAAUAGCUGACAUGUAUGCUGAACUUUCAGCUUCUGAUUCCUCUUCCCAGAAGAUGAAAUUGUGAGAGGUAGAGAACUGAGAGAACUCAAAUCAAGUCAAAAAGCUAUUUUUUUGGGGGCCCUGACAUGGGCUCCAACUUGAAAUAUGUAUAUAGACACAUGCAUCUAUGCUUGUCAUCAAUUGGAUAAAUUUUUCACCAGAAUAUUGUUGCUUUUCAGUUAAUAAAUAUA